GGCUGUGGUUGCCAUGGUGCGGCGUCAGCGGUUGCGCUGGAGCAAACCUCUAGGCGUGCCGUGCAACCCAACAAAUCCCAUCUGAACGCUACGGACUGUCAGAACGUCUCCCUUUUGCUGGUCGACUGUGGAUAAUAUCAGGGUGGCUUAUUCGUCAAAAUACACUCAUGACUGCAUCCAAAAAGGCAAACGUCUCCGCCUUCUUAGAUCUAAAGGUGGCUAAAUUAGCUUAACUUCAUGCUAGCUCGCCUUAACGUUGACGUUAGUUGAACCGUAAUGUCGCUAACAUUAGCCUACCGAGUUAAUUGUGACAAGCUUAAACCAGACAAAGUCAGGGAGACACGAAAUGGUAAACGGUCAAAGCGGAAAGGUUGGUGGCUGCAGACGCAGAGUAGUAAACACAUUCCACCUGUUGAGGGUUGCUAACGUUAGUUGUUGUUUUUCUUUGCUGUGCUAGCAUAAUGAGCUAUCGCCCCGUUAGCUCGUAUUCUAUAGUUAACUCAUUAUGGGCUAUCUUUAACUAAUACUCCCCCCAUUCUUCUCUUUUAUUCGUGUCCAUUUGAUAAUGUUGCAUGUAUUUAUAGAGCCCACCCGAGGUGUGUGGCUAGCAUCGGAUAACUUUGCCACGUUGUAGCUUUUAACGUUAAGUGCCUCUCACGACAAUACAAACUGUCCUCAGCAGACGGCCUUCUUUAAUCCAAUCUGUGCGUGUCACGGAGAGGGGGCCUGGGGGGAGCUGUCGUGCAUCAUGAGACAGUGAGACAUAAGAACGAUGGAGCAGAAUAUGUGAAUGAUGUUUCCAGCGAAGGGGAUGUGGAUCAUUUAACCUGUGCGCAUUUCUUCUCCAAGGGACAUCAUGGAAUCAGAAAACGUAACCGAUCUGUAUGAAGACAACCGAGAUGUUGAUCAAAGUCGCCAGUCCCUCCGGAGUACAAAGAAAGAUUCCCGAGCAUCCUCCCUCCAAAAUCACAAACAGAUCUUGAAGGACAAGGUCCAGGGUGAGGAGGAAAAAGACGUCUGUGUAGAGAGUAGAUCGAAAACCAGAACCUGGCGUUCAGAUCCAGAUCGGGACCGACUAUCCGAUGGAGUCGGACGCAGGAGUACUGGGUCGUUGUACUCCGAGGACUAUGAGAAUGAGUCUCCUUCAGGCCGAUCCAUCUCACCAUACUCCCAGUCCCGGAGUCCAUCCCUUACCCCUCAGAGAGGGGUGCGGGCAAAGAGGAUUUCUAACGGCCCCUUCUACAAGACAGGUGUUGUGGGGCGCCGGGGUGUGACACGCCCACCACGGCCGGGUGGCCAACCCCUGACCCAGCAGCAUCGCAAGGGAGUGCGUUCUGGAAGCAAGGAGUCCGUGCCCCCUAAAGACCUGGACCUGGUGACCAAGAGGAUGCUCUCCGCUCGCCUGCUGAAGAUCAAUGAAAUGCGUAACUCCCUCGCUGAGCUGCAACAGCGCACUGAUGAGCUGCAAAAGGAAAAUCGAGUCCUAAGACAGCUUCAGGUGCGUCAAGAGAAAGCCCUGCAGCGCUACGAUGACACGGAAAGCGAGAUAUCCCAGCUACUGGUGCGCCACACCAACGAGACCCACGUGCUGCGCGAGCGGCUCAGGCGCACUCAGGAGCGUGAGCGGGCCGCCGAGCGCCGGAUGAGGGACAGCGAGGAGCAGCUGCAGAGGAGCCAGGCGACCAUCGCGCGGCUCAAGAAGCUGGUCGACCAGCGGGAUUUAGGGGCCAGAGACGACCUGAGCCGCAGGCUGGAUGAAGAGAAGACGCGGGCCCAAGAGGCAGAACGCAAGAUUAAGGAGCUGGAGCGUAGCAUGGAGCUGAGCAGCAACAGCUACCAGAGGCAGAUGGCUGCAGAGAGGAAGAAGACAAUCAGUGCUCAGGAAGAGAUCAGGACUUUGCAGGAGGAGCUGGAACGACUGACCAAUAAACUCAAGGAAAAGGAGAGAGAACUCGAUACUAAGAACAUUUAUGCCAAUCGCAUGAUGAAACCUCCACUGAGAAGAGAUGUUGACAGUGGCGCAAAGCGGAUAGUUCCCAGCAGGAGCAGCACCAAGGCCGCUCAGACUAAAGACGCAACGUCUAGUCUGGAUUUCCCUUCCCCUCCCCCAGCCAUCGCUGAUGCCAACGAGUGCAGUGAACAGGCCCCGGAUGGAUACCUAUCACUUAAGAUUGACGGAGAGGACGGACGGACGGAGACGGAAGAAAGACGUCAAAAGUUGGAACAGCAGAGGACGAGAGUAAGAGCGAAAGGAGGCGACAAGGAGACGGGAAAGAACGAGGAGGAGAAGCGGCAACUCAAUCAGGAGCUCACUGUGCUUGAUGAGAAGGCAGAGACGGCGAGAGACGAUUCUUUGUCCGCAGUCUGGGAGAGGAAAACCAAGCGAGACGAAAGUAAGAGGACGCCAGAGAGUUCCCUGUUAAACCAGGAGGACGAGAACGACAGGAAGCGCGGCCAUGUCCAGGAAGAGGUGGACAGGUGGAACCAGGGGGCUGCGCCCAAUCAGCAAGCAGCGCAGGAAGCACGUCGCAAAAAAGAACAGCUGCUGGCAAAGUUGCGGGAAAUAGACCGCCAGGAACACAGAGCGCAGGACACCAUGUUUGCCGAGCCGGAUGCUUUUGAGUCGAAUAAGGCUCCCGCUGACCAUUCAUCUCCUCGUCUUCCUGAGCACAGGAACCAUAACUCCACAAAUUUCAACAUCACAGAAUCAGAGGAGUCGGCCGGUCUGCGCGCCGGAAGCGGUGAAGGCGGAAGGAGGAGAUCGGGCCCGCUCGUUGGCGCAGUCACAUCAGGGACGAGAGCGCCACGGUCCCAAAUCUCCGGGGACGACUUGGCAUUCGGAAGCUACGCGCCCUCUUUCGGACAUUCGGCCUCUCGCGGCUCCUCCGGCUUCCCCCCGCCUCCGCCCAAAGAGGACCGGGACUCGGCGUUGGAAGCAAUUGGUGUUUUCAGCCUCCGAGGGCUGGAGACAGAGAAAGAGAAGGAGACGGAGAGAGGGGAGGGGAAGGAGAGGAAGUCCAACCUCAUGCAGCAGCUAUUUGGUGCCCUGGCAGCACCUGCUAGUGACAGUGCGAGCACCUUCAAUAAAAUGGAGGUCCUCAACAGCCCUCCAAGUACCAAUGGAGUGCGACCAAGACGGGAAGGACUGCUACGCUUCAACUCGGGGUCCUCCACCCCUCCGGCGUCCUCCAUGAACACCCUGCACAUCACAGACAGCAGGCCGGCCGUCCGCGCCAUCGCCUCGUUCGACGACGACAUAGAGGAACUAACUUUAUAAAAUUCCUUUAGAUUCAAGGUGGUCGGUCUGCUAGCAGGUCGACCACACUGAUGUCAGUUAGUUACUAAAUGACACCAAAAAUGAAAGUAAAGGCGAUUGGGACACGGGUCGUUAAAUUCAAGCGUCACACCAUUGAUUUCCCAAUAAUAAGAUCAACAAUAUCAAAAGGACCAAGCAUUUCAAGUUUCUUAAAAAACAUAGGAGACAUUUAACUAGUGACUGUUUGUAGUGGUUCAUGUUGAAAAUGGGUCAUUUCAAAUGAUCUCCAAGCAUUCAAGUGCAUGUGUGUGUAGUAGACCUGUGUGACAGGACACAAAGCUGGUGAAACUGCUAAUAGGGGAUUUUGGACCGUUUGUUCUAUUUCGAUAAUAGUGGUGCUUGUGAUCACUGUGGAGACAAUGUCUAUUUCUGGUUUCUUGUGUUUGAACAGACUACUCAGUUUGCAUAUCGGUUUUUGUGGUAGAACAUAACUUGUUUUUUAUUAUUUAUUGUAUAAAGAGGGAAGAGAAAAGAUUGCACAUCCACAACCUACAGAAUCACUCCAACAAGGAUGAAUGUUUUAUAAAACACAAACCAAAAGUCAGGGAAAACAGAUAUUGGCUGCAAAUCCACUUUAUUUGCAUUUCACAUGUUAGCUCUUUGCUUGCAGGAGUGUUGUUUCAAACAAAAUAUGGCAAUCAGCACUAACACAAAUCACCUGUAGCAGAAGUUAUUGUUGAGUUCUUAUAGAAUUACAUUUUAGCUUACAACUCUUAAUGUUGUAGAAGGAAUAAGGGAUAAUAUCACAAAUGUCUAUUUUGACACAUUUUCGAAAAGCUCUUUUCUUUUAGUAACUUAACAACUCUGAUGUUAAUUGGUCUGUAUUUAUGUAUCAACUUUUUUCACAUUUUGUACUUAUUGCAUUGUUAUACAAACCGUAUGUGUUGUCGCAUUUUAUCGAGUUAAAAUAAAAAUAAAAUAAAACGCAGUUGUCCAGUCGUGUGUGACGCACUUGCAGUGUUCAUGCGGCGGGAAAU